UGCUGCCCGGUGCUCACAGAUAGAACGCGAUUAAACCGUCGAUCUGUGCGCUUAGCUGAAGUGACGCAUCUCACCCGACGUUUUUACGAUGCUCCGUCGUGAGUUAUUACAGUUAUUACGUGUUCUUGUUAUACAUGUAAUCAAAUUUGUAGCGAAUAAGCGGUUUUGUUACGUUGUGCGACAGCGCUCUUUUUGACGGUGUUCCAAACCGCUAGCAGACGAUACUAAACGCUGCGCCUAAAAGGCUAAAACAACAAUUUAAUUUAACUGCAUUUGUAUAGGUCAAAUUUUAAUUUUUAAAUGUUUUCUGCAGUAUAUACGGGAUCUAGAUGAUAUAUACGAGUUAAAUUAAGAUGUUCAUGAAGUUUUGUUCGUUUUUGUUGUCGCCAUCGACAUCAUCGAUAUUAAGGAUUGUUGGAGAAGAGCGCGGCAAAUCGGACGCAUCAGGGAGCUCAGGCACGCUCAGGCUCCUGUGUCCUUGUGUCGUGUUGCACGAAAUCCGGCACCGGCACGCAGGUUUUCCUGGCAUGCGUUGAGCGGCGUUCCCAAUGGAAGCCGUGGCCAGGAAUAUAUACCAGUUUUUUCACGUUAUACUUGUCAAGGCGCAUGAUGAGCCUCUUUGGACUCGAAACUCGCUAGAGAGGAGCAUUCAAUGGGCCAAGUACUGUGAGAAGGUGCAUCACGAAGCCAUUUCAAAAGGCUACGCUAGUUACGUGGAGAUGUUGCUCAAGGACAUGAGUAGACUGACUCCCGAUCGGAGAGUCGUGAGUUUCGAUGAUCUGAAACUUUCGUCUCAAUUGCUAGUGGCGGAACUUCUUCAGUGCCCUUUAUUGAGAAAGGGAACUGUUCAGACCAUACUGGAGUCUGAGCUGGCACAAGAGCCAUGGUUAGAGGUGAUGUGCGAGAUUUUUGUGAUCAACUCAAUACUGAAGGAUUUAGUUGAAGAAAAGGAAGACAACCAGCCUAAAUGUGGUGGAGAGUCUGAAAUGCUUACAGAAAAGCUGUUUGGACUUUCUGGAAAUACUCUGGAUAUGCAAAUAGACCUGUUAGCAAGAAAGUCACCUGAGACGUUGCUGAAGCUUGCCAGCUGUGAGGAUGAUAGGUACCGCGCACUGUCGUGUAGCACUGGCCUGUGGAUUGCUCGAAGGCUUGCAGCUGGUGACAACUCGGUGUCAGCAUCCGUGUGGAUGCAAGAGAACGGGCUGCUGUGUAAGGCAGCCUGCCGAAGUCCAAGUCUCAUGCAGUGCCUGUUACAGAGGCUGCAGGAGCAUGCUGAAACCAUGGAGCCCUGUUUCACUGCAGGUGCAGAUGAAUGGGUCCUGACAAGGAACAGCCCUGCGAUUGCCUGGGACUGGAAGCGCGUUGCCGAAGUCUGGACUGCACUGAAACAAAUGGCAGAUGGUGCUUCAUCAUCAUCAUCAGUAGUUACAGCUUUUCUGAAGCAAGCACGAAGAGGAUCACGUGGGGACUUUUGGGAUGAUCUUCUUUUCUACUGUGAACCUUCUCGUAACCGGUGUCAUAACACAAGAAAGCCUGUAGUCGUUAACCCAUCUGCCAAGAGUGGUUCCUGACUGCGCGACUGUUGCUAUUAAAUGUAGAAUUUUUAUGCAGGCGGCGUGGGCAUAACAUUAAGCAAGCACGAGCUAUUCACCACAUUUAAAGUAGAAUAGUGACACGUAUAGCACGUUUAUGCGGCACGGCUAUACCAAUAUCUUGUAGAAAAAGCUAUGGCCGCUACAUUAACUCCAUUUUUCAAUCUACACUGAAUAGGCAUGCACACAUUUAGUGUAGAGAAAAAGCCCGCUGAAAGCACUGCAACGCCAUGCCAGGUCACCUCAAUGCGACACAUCAGUGUAUUGUUGAAAGGCAAGCAUCAGUUGAUGUUGCGGAUUGGGACAUUAUUGUGCUCUGUGUCCCCAACUGUUUUCAAUCUGCAGUCGUGAUAAUUAACCAAGAUGGCAGGAUGACUGACGAAACCUUAGUUCUGGAAGUACGUCAAGAAGUUCAUUUUGUAUUGCCAAUGUGAUUAUUAAGAAGCUGUUUGAGUACUGCUUCUGCUUCUCAUUUGUCAGUUUUGAGAGAUGUGCCAUUGAGAGAUGUGCAAAAACUUAGUGCUAGAUUUUAUGUAUUGCAUGCAUGCACUCAGCUUUGUAGAUCUUUGCAUGACCAACCUGAACUUAUAAAGAAGUUGUUUUCAAAAUGUUUUCAAUGAAGGUUACAAUUUUAGAGAAACAUUCUUCAUUAAUCCAUUUUUCUGUUAAAAUUUUGUGCAUUCUUUUGUCUAGUUUGUUUUAUGUAAAGAUGUUAUUAAAGAAUUACAUGACCUCA